AUGGGAAAGUUAUCAGUAGUUCUAAUUACUGUACUGCUAAUACAAAGCUAUUGGAUAAGUUAUGCUUGUAUUGGUUUAGGUGGUCGCAGCUUUUAUGAAUGUUACUCAGAUCCUUUUUGCUCGGCAACAGAUUUUGAAAAAUCGCUAAAAGUACGAGAUGAAAGAAAUGAUAAUGAAUUGCAAUUUUCUUAUCAAGCUCGAUUGGAACCACCUUUCAUCUCAACGAUUAAUGAUGAAAGCGAUGAAUUUUUGGACUGUUGUCGUAAGCGAGGAUUGCCAGAAGUUUGCUUACAGAAAUGCUCUUAUGUUAGCUAUAAUCAGAAUAUUCUUCGAAAAAUAUUCACACAAGCAGAUCCAUGUCCUCUGAUAUCAGUUGGUGAUAUUCACUUUUGUGCAGCACAGGGUUAUGACCAUCGUCAAUGUUGUGUCAUGAAUGGGAGGACACAAAAUGGAACUAUUUUUGAUGCAUCAUAUUUGCCAUGUUUCGAACGAUUUGAAAAUAUAAAAGAAUGCUUUUGGCGUUGGGCUCGAAGACGUUACCAACUGGCGGAAAUAUCUAAGAGAUAUGAAAUACAUGAAUCGAAGACGAUCUCUGAUCGUGUGAUACAGUUGAAUACUGAUCAACCACCAUCACCAUUUGAUAAUUAUUGA